AUGCUAGCUGAUGAUGUGAUCCAGGGGAAGCAUAUAGAUGUUAAACAGAGUAGGGCCAAGGAUGGACCCCUGAGGGACCCCACGGGUGACAGUUCCAGGGGCCUCAUUUCUAAAGCUGGCAUAGAACUUUUCGUUCUGACAGCACCGGCCCCCGACAGCACCGGCCCCUGGAAGCACCGGCCCCCGACAGCACCGGCCCCUGGAAGCACCGGCCCCCGACAGCACCGGCCCCUGGAAGCACCGGCCCUCGACAGAGCACCGGCCCCCGACAGCACUGGCCCCUGGAAGCACCGGCCCCUGACAGCACCGGCCCCCGACAGCACCGGCCCCUGACAGCACCAGCCUCUGGAAACACCGGCCCCUGGAAGCACCGGCCCCCGACAGCACCGGCCCCUGGAAGCACCGGCCCCUGACAGCACUGGCCCCCGACAGCACCAGCCUCUGGAAGCACCGGCCCCCGACAGCAC